CAUCUGGAAACUCAAAAUUGUCAAAAGCAGACAGCAGCACAUCAAGACGAAAGCAUACCCGCCGUUACGCCGUAUCAUGCUGCUCACAAAGUACCUCUCAGCGGUAUCUGCAUCAUUCUCGCCCUUUGCGCGGUCCAGCAAAUCAGCACGGCUCUUCCUUACGCUUCUCGUCAAGGAAACCGCAAGACAGGCGAAUCCAACAAAAAUCACAACGCAGCUAUUGCCGCUGCAGCGGUUCAUUCAGGGUAGCCCACCUGUUGCGAGUGGCUUGCUUAAGGUCACGUAUAAGGAUGGCAAGGUCAUGGAGCUGGAUUGUUCAGGGAAGCCUAUUAACAGCGUGGUUGAAAUGGUGAAUACGCACUCAAAGACAUUGCAGCUCAAGGAACAAACUUCCUGAGUAUAGAUGACUCAUGCAAGGCGGUGUCGGGUGUCGAGCGUAGUGCUGCGCCUGGUGAUCGACUUUGGGCCAGAUGCGCCUCCAGCCAGGUCUAGCAUCGCUGCAUCGCACCGCCAGCUGUCCAUGGCACCCUCAAGCAGAGU